CGUUUGAUAUACAAUACAAAGUUGUUUUUAAAAAAUUUAUAUGAAUUUUUUUUUUGUGUAUAAACUAAAAUGAAAAAUAAAGUAAUAAAAAAUUCAAUGUUUAAUUUGGAAUUAUCAACAAACACCGAAGAUUCUGCUGAUGAAGUGGAUGAAACAUCAAGUAUUGGAAGUACUUCAACAACUGAUAAUACAUCCCGAAGUGAAACACCAACUAUAAAAGGGCGUAAAGGACGACGAGGGCGUAGAAAAGUACAAAAAAUUCAAAAACCACCAUACAAAUACACAUGUAGCAUUAAAGAAGAUCAUGGUCAACCAUUGUUUGGGGCUCAAUUCAAUCACCAUUUAAAAGAUGGACAGCCCUUAAUAUUUGCUGCUGUUGGUAGUAAUCGAGUAUCAAUAUACGAAUGUCCAGAAGAAAAUGGCAUCAAACUGUUACAAUGCUAUGCCGAUCCAGAUUUAGAUGAAAAUUAUUACACAUGCGCUUGGUCUUACGAUGAUGAUAACGGAAAACCAUUACUCGCAGUAGCUGGUUCUCGUGGGAUCAUACGAAUUUUAACACCGGCCACAAUGUCAUGCGCCCGGCAUUAUAUUGGCCAUGGACAUGCGAUAAACGAAUUGAAAUUUCAUCCACGCGAUCCAAAUUUAUUACUAUCUGUGUCAAAAGAUCAUGCUUUACGUUUAUGGAACAUCAAAACUGAUGUAUGUAUUGUAAUAUUUGGUGGCGUUGAAGGACAUCGUGAUGAAGUGUUAAGUGCUGAUUUUGAUAUGCGCGGUGAACGUAUUAUGUCAUGUGGAAUGGAUCAUUCGUUAAAAUUGUGGCGUUUAGAUAAAGAAGUUACAAAAGCAGCGAUAGCUGAUUCAUAUAAAUGGGUGUCAGGUCGCAGUUCUCGUCCAUUUAAUACGUUAAAGGAACAUUUUCCAGAUUUCUCUACUCGUGAUAUACACAGAAAUUAUGUGGAUUGUGUUCGUUGGCUAGGUGAUUUCGUUUUAAGUAAAUCGUGUGAAAAUUGUAUUGUAUGUUGGAAACCAGGUCGUUUAGAAGAUAAUGAACUAAGGUCUGGAGAAACUGCUACACAUAUCAUACAUCGUUUUGAAUAUAAAGAAUGUGAAAUAUGGUUUGUAAGAUUUGCUAUGGAUUUUUGGCAAAAGAUAUUGGCAUUGGGAAAUCAAGCUGGUAAAACAUAUGUAUGGGAAUUAACCGCUUCAGAACCUGGUGCCUUACAAUAUGCUACAUUGCAGCAUCCACGAUGUACAGCUGCAAUUCGUCAAACUAGUUUAAGUCGUGAAGCAUCAGUAUUAAUAUGCGCAUGUGACGAUGGUACCCUUUGGAGGUGGGAUAAACAACUAUAAACAUAUUUUUAAAGUGUUUUGUUAAAAUUGUUAAUUUAAAA